AUGAAGGGCUCUAUUAAGAUAGUGGAUGGAAAGACAACGAUCAACCUAGUGGUCAAUAGCUCCAAAACCAUCGACCUCAAAAUCGAUGAAGUCACUAGAAAUAUUGGACAGGGCUCUCCUAGUGGUGAAGACAUAUAUAUGUCUAAAAAGACGGUGGAUGAAAAGACGACUUUAAACCUAGAGGCUGAUAGCUCCAAGACCAUCGACCUCAGAGUCAACGAAGACUCGAGCCGUCGAAAUAUUCGACCCGACGUACGUCAUGGUCAUUGCAUGCAGAUUUUUGUAAGGACUUUGACAGAGAAGAAAAUCACCUUAGUGGUGGAAGACAUGGACACCAUCCACAACGUGAAGGCCAAGAUCCAGGAUAAAGAGGGUAUUCCGACGAACCUGCAGAGGCUGAUAUUCGCUGGCCAACAGCUUAAGGAUGAUCGCACAUUGGCGGAGUACAAUAUCAAGAAGGACACGACCAUUCACUUGCUCGAGCGCUUCUAA